GGCUCAGCCAAAAUUCGUCCGAUUGCCCUACAACUUCAAUUUACGGAAUCACUUCAUUCGAUAAGCUGUCUAUAAUCUGCGACCAGAACUGAUUAACUCACCAUGUCUUCCGCAAGCCGUCCUCUUUACAACUUCCUCUUCCGAAAGAACUAUGUGUUCCUCGGUGCAGUGUUCGGUGCUGCUUUUGGAUUCGAGAUGGCAUAUGAUUCAAUCACAGACCGAGUUUGGGAUUCCAUAAACAAGGGACGUCAAUGGAAGGAUAUCAGAGCGAGAUAUGUUGAGGCUGCGGACGACGAAUAGAGGGUUCUGGUAGAGAUGGAUGCGAGAGAAAAGAAUCAGCCCUUGACGGGGAUACGUGGCUGCUAGAAAAAAGAAUCGGGGCGUCAGUACUGGGCAGGAAGCCUUCAUUCAAAGUGUAUAAAAGACAAUCGACAACAUAGAAUCAUACGGGCAUAAAAGCGAGAUCGCCGACUGGCACAACGAUGACAUUUCCUUGUGGUAAUCUUCUUCA